AUGUGCCAGUUUGCUUCCAGGUCCCUCGGCCAAUAUGCCCCCAGGGCACAGACUGAUGUCCUGCUGCCCCCACAACGGGCUGCGUGGCCAGGCGUCUCAGACUGGAAGGGGCAUGAGCUGCGCAGAUUGGACUGGGAAGAGCUUGGGGACACUGUGGCUAAGGAUGGUGGUUGUGGGCUCCUAGAAAAUGACUUCCAGUUCGUCCUCUGCGAGGGCUGCCGGCAGGAAUCACGCAACCUCAAGCUCCUCCCCUGCCUCCACACGUUGUGCCUCAAUUGCCUGAGCGAGAACAAGCCCAUUGCACAGUGCCCCGUCUGCCAGAUGGCCAUUCCGCAGUCCAGCAGCAUCCCUGACACAGACAACCUGCUCUUCACCAACCUGCAGGCCAGGCUCAGCAUCUACAAGAAGAUCAUUGAUGGAGUUGACUUGUUCUGCGACAACUGCCAGAAAAAUGGGGAGUUCUGGUGCUCUGAGUGCAAGGAGUUCCUCUGCACCAAAUGCUUCGAGGCCCACCAGCGCUACCUGAAGAGGGAGAGCCAUGAAGCCAAGAAGGUGAUUGACAUCAGGGCAGGGUCUGCCAAGGAAUUCCUUGAGAGCGCCAGGGGGACCGGAAAAUUGUCCUGCUCCAACCCGACCCACAAGGGCCAGGCUGUAAGCAUCUACUGCAAGAAGUGCGAGAAGCCUGUGUGCUGCAUCUGUGCGCUGCUGGACAGCCAGCACGCCCCCUUCUGCGACAUCCACAGCGAGACCCAGCGCAGGCAGGAGGAGCUGGGCACCAUGAGCCGGGAACUGAAGCAGAAGAGAAGCAGCUUCGAGGCCACCUACACGGCGCUGAAGGAGGAGGCCUCCCGGCUGGAUCAGGCACAGCGGGAGAUGCGGGAGCUGAUCCGGCAGCGCGUGGAGCAGCUGGUGCGGCUGCUCCGGCAGGAGGAAGAGGAAAGCAUCCAGGACUCUUUGGCCUCCCUGCAGGAAGAUUUCGGUGGCUGGGCCAGGUCCAACGUGCAACAAGCAGACAAGCUCCUGAAGAUGGGUGAUCGCCUCCUGCAAGCUCAGCACAGGGCAAACGGGCACCUGGUGUCCCUGACCCAGGAGGUCCGGGCCAUGUCCCACUCCCUGGCCACCAUUGCCUCUUCUGUGGGACCCUUGCUGCAGCCCAUGGCCAGCCAACAGAAUCCCCCCACUGCAGAAGCCACCCCAGCUCCAGCCAUGAAAAACUCCCACCAGGUCUCCACUUGCACCCCUUCAAAGAGGAAGAAAUUCCAAAAUGCAACUGUCAUGACAUUGCCAGUGAAGCUGCUGAAGGUUGAAGACGAUGAUGACAGGUGGAAGCAGACAAUGCCACAGCAGCCAAGCUGCUCUGACCAGCCUGGGACCAGCUGUUUGGGGUCCCACAUGACUCCCAUCAAGGAGGAGAGCAUGCUGGAAGAUGUGCCAGAUGGCAGCGGCGAGCUGCACGACUCGGAUAGCGAUGCUCUCUGCCUGGACAGCUGUGAGGAGGACAGCACCGAUGAGGAGUUGCUGGACUCCAGUCUGCUAGAUGACCCCAGCAACAUCCUUGAUGAGAGGACCGGUGAAGACUACCUGGGCUUUCCCAUCAACAACCAGAAAACUUUGGACACGAAACAAGGAUCCUUGGUCUUCUUUGACGUGAAGAUUUUGAGAAAUGAAAGCAUUCAGGUGACAGUUGUAGAUGGAGAGAAAACAUUCACAGUCCUGAUUCACCCAAUGAAAUACUUGUCUAGCUUGAUGGCCAGAAAUAAUCUCUGUGAGAUCGGACUGAAGAAUCUGCUGUGCCACCUCAACACUGUCCACAGGCCCAUCCUGGGUGGCUUUGGUCUCUGGUCACUCCCCUUUCCCACCCUCUUCAACGCGUUGACGAUCAUAAAUAAGAAAAAAGAGUUCAGCUCUGCUGUGUAUGGUUAUCUGGACAUUUUGCCCCUGAUUAAGGAGAAGAUCCCCAAAAGGGAUAACUACAAGCUGAAGAACUUGGCCAACACUUACCUCCGGCAGCACUUCGGUGACUGCAGUGCCAUGGAGAACGCCAAAAUCUUGAAGUACCUGUGUAAGGUCCUGGACGUCGACCUGGCAAUGAAACCCAGGCUGAUCCUCAGUCAAUCCAGCCUGGAAUCCUUCAUCUCCCUCCAGCCCUUGGUGGCUGAGAAGCUCCUCACCAAGCCAUCAGCCCAAACAUUGUCCACCCACAGCAUUGGCCUCCAUGAGCUCCGGCUCUGCUACCGGCACGACCCUGAGAUGGGGCUCCAGAAAAUGUGCCGUCUCAUCAACACUCACCUUCACAGAUCUGAAAAGAAAGUCCGAAACCUGAGCAAGGUCAAGGUCUACUUCCAGCGCCAGGAGCUGUUGGCUGAAGCCAAAGUGCCCAAGCAGGCAGCAAUUUCCCAAGAGCCAUAGAGUGAGGAAAAGUGUUGAAAGAUGCUGGUGCCUCUCCAGGACUCAUUCCCCUCUCACCCAAGGGGAGUGAGUCCUGGAGCCAAACCCUGGCUCACAUCAGCAGUUUUGCCUUCAGUAUUUCCUUUCUGCUCUUGCUUGGGGUGAUGAGUCUGGGUCUUGGGUGUGACAGUCUCUUGCUGUCCUCUCUCAUCUGAGCUUGUGCUAAGGUGAAAAGGUGAGGACACCAGCUUGGCUGAGGGAUGUCCUGGCUCUGAUCCAACACCCUGCAGCCACACCGUGCCUUUGUUUCCCCCCUGGAUGGAUCAAGCCAACUCUUGGGAGAAAUCUUUCAAACAAUUUCUGGUCUGGGUUUUUUGCAGGGGGGGUGUGGGGUGUCAGUGGGAUCUGAAGCCAGCUGGAGAAACAGUAGGUGGGGAAACUGGUUUGGAAGGACCAAGGAUGGUGGUCAUAGGUAAGAAAGAGGUUGGGCAGAGCUGCUCUGUUCCUGUGAG